AUUGUCAACAGUGGGCUUAAAUUGCGAUAAGAAUGUAUGAAUUUUGAAAAACUCGUAUUGUUACGAUUUAAACACGGGAUUCGUGACUAAAAUAUUAUGUUAUUAUAACUUUAUCAUGAUCCUAAAUAACGACGAAAUGCAUUUGAUGAAAAAUAUCCGGCUUAUAGUGUUUCUUACGCUACUUUCUUGCGCAAGAAAAUCGGUGGCUUCGAGCCACUGGAUGGUGACAGAAAGCGGCUUAAUUCAACCAAGGCUUGACUCUCCUUUUGAGAUGGCCCGGUCUUACGAUUUACUUUCGUUUUUGAAGCAAGAAUCUCGAUGGGAUGAAAUAAUUAAUUUAUAUCAUGAACUGGCAAAAAAGCAAGAAUUUCUAGAUGAUCUUUGGACAGAUAUUGAGAGAGAUACAGAUCUAGGUAUUGAUGUAGGAAAGGAUGAAAAUUGUAUGAGAGCAGGACCUCUUAAUAUGAUUGACUGGUCUCAUGCACCACUAGAAGAUGGUACCAUUAAGAAUAUCCCAGAAGAAGAGUUUCAGCUGCCCAGUCAUUAUGGACCAAAUACAGAUGUACCUGAUUGUAAAAAGAUAUCUUCUCUCACUUUUAGCAUGUUUGCCUUUGAACACUUGAAGAGCAUGAUAAAAAGAAACAACAUUUCAAUCACUCCAGAGUAUCCAUCUUUAGAUCUCAUAUCUCCUGCAAGUACUGUGGAUCAAUUUGGUCACUGGCUGGCUGGUGCACUCCGCAGGAACAGUUCUUCAUGGCUACAUUAUAAUUUAGCUGCAUUGUUUUGGAGAAUAAAAGGAAAUGGUCCUAAAGCUCUAGAGUGUUGUCGACGUGCAGUGUUAUAUGCACCUCGAGAGUACAAAGACAUAGCUAUGCUGAACCUAGGCUCAAUAUUAUACAGAGCUAAGAAGUAUGAAGAUGCUAUCACUAUACUAAAUGGGGCUCUAGAUCAUGACUCUAUCAACCCCAUUGCUCAUUUCAUCCUUGGCAACAUUUAUACGUAUUUGGGAGAAUUUAAUAUUUCACUAGCGCAUUAUAAGGUUGCAUUGAGUAUAAAUCCUAAAAUGGACAUCGCUAAGAAACAUAAAUAUGCAGCAUUGUGUCACGUGCAUUUAGGUGGAAGAAUACGGAAUCUCAAAUUAAAAAUAGACAAAUUGCGUGAGGAGUUGAGCAAUUAUAGUUCCAAAGAAUCUCAAUGGAUCAAAAUUCAAAGUGAAUUUUUGAAAACUAUGAAACCUGUUGAUGGAUAUGAUUAUAAAAAUGUGGAGAAAAAUUGUGCCAAAAUGACAGAAUUAACGGGAUUGAAAAUUAGUCAAUUAAAAGUAACAGGCGACAGAUAUUCAUUGAUAAAGUACUUCUUUGAUGGGCCCAUAUAUAAUGAUCGCUUAAUGGAAGUCAGUGGAACUGCUAAUUUGGACGCUAUUUAUACACUUCAGAGAAUUGUUAGUCAUAUACAGAGACAUGCAAAUAUGGCGCCCGAGAUAUUCGUGCAUUUGAAUAAGGUCACCAUCAGUGAUGGAAAGGUUGCAACGGAAGAGGUUUUAGUACCUGCAACUGUGGAAGAGUCCCUUGACAAUGCACAGCAAAGCCCUUCCCAACCUGAGAAGGAAGUUAAGUCUGAAGUAAAACAAGCAGAGCCUGAGAAGAAACCGUCCAGUUCAACAGAUGAUCAGCUAACUGAAUAUGAAACUGGUAUAUUUUUAUACCCACCUACAUUGCAAAUAAAUAGGAAUGAAGAGGACUUCGACACGGAAGCAGACUGGCCAUCAAACGAAGUGUGUACACUUACAGCACCAAACUUCCCAGAUAAGGUUGAAGCCGUGUAUCCUGUGUUCUUACCUUUUGAAAAUAAAGGGAUAAGAGUGAAAGCACUGCUCACAGAUAAGAUUGGUGUUCCGUUGAAUGUGGAACAUGAGUUGCCAUGGCACCCUCCCACGUGCGUUCAUGAUAAGGAGAGGAAGACUUAUAAACAACAAUUGGCCACAGAAGUGAUUGAUACGAACUAUCUAAGGGUCAAAUUGCUUGAAUAUGUCAGCGACGGAGACAUAGAAAAGACCAGUCAUAUGCAGGAUGCUGAAAUUGGACAUCGCAUUUAUGUUGCUAUGAGAAAGAGAUUAGCUCCCAAAUGGAUACCACAAGUGUUAGCCUCGCUCUAUUGGCGAGUACGUGGAAACAAGGUGAACGCAUUGCAUUGCCUACAUGCAGCGUUGAAAUCCGUGCACCCGAAGUAUAAGGAAGUGGUGUUGAUUUCACUUGGAUCAGUUUAUAUCGAGAUGGGAUACUUUGAGGAGUCCGUGCUGGCCACGGAAGAGGCAUUCCGGUUGAAUUUGUAUGAGCCCGCAACAAAUUUCCUCCUAGCUGAAUUAAACAUGAUCAAAAAGCAUCGGCUAACCCAUAUGUUUCAUCUAAAGCAAGUGAUUCGAGUAGAACCGGGUUUUAUGAAAGGCUUGGCUAGGAACCUUCUCAAUGCCUGGGCUUGCAUUCUUAAGCAGGUCAAUAAGAUACACGAGAUCGAUUUCAGCGAGGGAGAUAUUUGUACACAAGUGGAGCCAGGAAUCAACAUGGUGUGUGAGAAAGGGGGUGAAAACUGUCAUAUGACAAAUAUACAGUGUUUUAGUAGUCAUGAAAGAGCGGAAACCAGCAUGAUCAUGAAGCUUCUAGAACAAAGUGACAGAGCCUUUGUACCAAAGGAUUUAAUGAACGAAAGGUUCUUCGAGUAUGUGAUCCAAAACACACCUACGGAUAGAAACGACAGGCUCUCACACCAAGCCAAUUACGACCAUAUGAUGAAAGCCGUAGAGACCGUUUUGCUGGGAUGCGGACCCUUGGGAUGUAAAAGUCUACAGCCAGCAGAUUUAUCGCUGACUGAGGAAGAGUGUGCCCACCAUUACAUACAGCUUGGCUACUGGUUACAUAUUGUCAGUUUUAAACAACUACUCACUGAUACUAAUUUAAGGCUACCAUCAGACAUAGUUGCAAUAACGCCGUCCAAUAAGAAAAUACCGGAAUGCAAACUCAGCUCAGAUCCCAUAGAUGACUUCUACUUGGAGAGGCUCAGUAGAAUCGAUACCGAGGGCUGGGAGCCAAUAAUGACCCUCACUCACCAAUUCGCUGAGUUGUUCAAUUAUUUCGACUACGUCACCCUUGGAGCUAAGAUCGCGAAGUAUGUGGAAACUCGUCCGACGUCGUGGGUGGGCGCGCUGACGGCGAGCUGGUGGUGCGGCGCGGGCGGGCACGGCGCGUGCGCGGUGCGCUGCGCGGCGCAGGCGCACGCGCUCGCGCCGCCGCACCUCGCGCCGCACCCGCUGCGCGCGCUCAUCGCGCUGCUGCACAUGCAUUCCAAACAACGAGAUGCGAAGGACGUUGCGUAUCUCUCGUUCUACACGUUACCAAAGAGCAAAAUCGAAUCGUUCCUUGUUGCUGUCUCUCACACGUAUCUCGAGGAGUAUGAUCAAGCUGUCUGGAUGUACAGAUAUUCUCUAGCUUUCGAUGAAGAAUUUAAACCGGCCAAAGCUUGUUUGCACGCUACCAUGUGUCUCAUGUUCUAUGGCGAAGGUAGCAAAGGGAAAUCUAAGAAAUAAUAUAUCUUACCGAAAAAUGACGCUUCCCAUAUACUUCCUCUAAUACUCAUUGUUAUAUAUCGUCGCAAUAGGCUUAAGAAACUUGCGUAAUCGAAAACUGAAGUAGUCCAUAAGAAAAAGUCUUUAUUACCUUUGCAUUAGGGUCAAAUAUCCUAUGAGCUGUAGUUACUCUUCGUUUUUCAUACUUUUUAUAAUUACACUAGGGACCUUAAAUAGUUGACUUCGAAAAGAUUUUGUUGUUAUUUUUAGCAACUUUUUAUUCGAUAUUUUGAAUAUCGGUUACCACGUACCAUUUUUAAAUGUUGAGCAUUUUUUAUUGUUGUUGUUGAAAUAUUUUUUUACCGUUAUUCCAUUUUUUGCGUGUGUGAAUGACAUUUGCAAAUGUAUGUUGAAUUUAUUGUAACGAAGCGAUUUUUAAUGACUUUAACUGUUCAUAAUUAACAAAAAAUCCACUUUCUAACAAAUUUAUGCGAUAUUGCAACGAAUUAAAUAAUAUGUUUUUUUUUUACUUUUUAUAAGGUGGAAAUGUGCAUCACAUGGAUUUUUAGCUGCUUACAGAAGUACAAUUUGUAUGUCAGUAGUUUAAGAACAGUUAUUAGAAUAUACAGUGGAUACUCGAUAAUUCGAACAAAUACCAAUCAAAACAUUAUGCUCAAUAAUCUGAUAAGAUGUACGAGUAACGGUCAGUUUCUUAUUGUUUCAUAAUUUAUCAAAGGAUGAUAUAAUUUUGACUAUU